AUGCCUUCCGCCUUUGUCUCCCGAUUCUGCCGCUCUAGGUGCGCGUCAAUUUUCGCCUUCAUUUUCUGCGGCAUGCUGCUCCUAAAUCCCAUGCCUGUCGAUGGAUAUGUGACAUUGCGACCCCCUAGCCUUUCCAGCAUGACCCGUCCUUCCCCAUCACCGUCGUCGACUGCUGCCGCCUCCGUAUCUGCUAGCAACGUUGUUAUUUCAGACUCAGGGCUUAUGAUCAAGAAUUACCGCCCCCUUCCUCCCUCUGACAACGACCCCCUUGAUGUACGCUGUGCGCUGCUGCACAUCUCUGCGCGUAAGGCCAUCAAGUCUGGUAAAAUGGAAAUCGCGCGUCGCUUUUACGAGCUUUUCCUGUUUAAAUGGAAAGGCUACCGGACUGAGAACGCCAUUGCUCAUACCUACUUCCUCUGGGCCCUUCUUGAGCAGCGAGCGGAAGAUUACUCGAAAGCCCGACGACUUUUUCAAGAAGCCACUGCGCGCUACCCUACCCACGCACGUCUUUUCCAGGCCUGGGCGCUGAUGGAAUCUAAGUGUGGAAAGUUAGAAGAGGCGCGUCGUCUGAUUGCUUCGGCGGUAGAGCAUGACAAGAGCCUGGAGCCAGUCUUGAAGUGGAAAAUGUGGGGAUUGUCCCCUGCUGAGGCCGCUGCUGCUGCAGUAGCUGUAGCUGCGGGGGGGGGAGCACCGAGAGCUGUUGGCAGCGCGUGAUAGCGACAAUUUUGGGAGUCGAGAAUGUGAAAAAGUUUGUGCAUUGACUGUCAGUUCCAAAGAAAAUUUUAGUUUAAGUGGCAAAAUUACAGCUGUACAGAAUUUUAGCAGGGCCGGUUUUAAAGCCGAAAUGAAGGCAAGAGAAAGAGAGAAGAAUUAGGAGAGAUGCAUGAUGUAGGUGGAAGGAAGCAUUGGAAGUAGAGCCAGGAGGAUAAUUCUAACAAAAAUUACGUCUGGCCUGUUGUAUAUUUUAGACGACAAAUGACCGGAGCAUUUCCCCCAGAAGAAGUCGACGAAAUCCAGAUAUGGGA